GGCUGGCGUGAGGCGGGGCGAGGCGGGGCCGGCCUGUCGCCCCCGCCCCCGCCCGGCAGCCCCGCCCCAGCCAUAAAGCGGCCGGUCGCGCAGAGUGGCGGAGAGCCGGUGGCCGACAGACGGGGCUGCGCCACGACGCCUCCGCCAUGGAGGGCAAGAAGAGGAUAACCUGUCCCCUUGUGUGUGCUGUGUUUGUGGCUGUCAUUGGGUCCCUCCAGUAUGGAUACAACACAGGAGUCAUCAAUGCUCCCGAGGAGAUCAUCAAGGGCUUCUUUAAUGUCACAUGGAUUGAACGGACAGGAGCACCGAUGUCCAGUGAACUUUUGACUUCCCUUUGGUCUCUCUCUGUGGCAAUUUUCUCAAUAGGUGGGAUGAUUGGCUCUUUUUCUGUUGGACUUUUUGUCAACCGAUUUGGCAGGCGGAAUUCAAUGCUGAUGGUGAACAUCCUUGCCGUCGUGGGCGGCAGCCUCAUGGGCUUCUCCAAGCUGGCCAAGGCCCUGGAGAUGUUCAUUGCUGGCCGCUUCAUCGUUGGCCUCUUCUGCGGCCUCUGCACUGGCUUUGUGCCCAUGUACAUCAGCGAGGUCUCGCCCACUGCUCUGCGAGGGGCUUUUGGCACCCUGAACCAGCUGGGCGUUGUCAUCGGCAUCCUGGUGGCACAAGUCUUUGGCCUGCAUGUCAUCAUGGGAACGGAAGCGCUGUGGCCGCUGCUGCUGGGGUUCACCAUCGUCCCGGCCAUCUUGCAGUGUGCAACCUUGCCGUUCUGCCCUGAAAGCCCCCGCUUCUUGCUGAUCAAUAAGAUGCAGGAGGAGAAAGCACAAGCAGUUCUCCAAAGGCUCCGUGGUACCCAGGAUGUGUCUUCAGAUAUCCAGGAGAUGAAAGAUGAAAGUGCCAAGAUGUCCCAAGAGAAGAAGGUGACCAUCCCCGAGCUGUUCCGUUCCCCCAGCUACCGCCAGGCUAUCAUUAUUGCUAUCAUGCUCCAGCUAUCCCAGCAGCUCUCGGGCAUCAACGCGGUGUUCUACUAUUCGACUGGAAUCUUUAGAGAUGCUGGAGUCCAGCAGCCUGUGUAUGCAACCAUUGGUGCUGGUGUGGUCAACACCAUCUUUACAGUUGUAUCGCUCUUUCUUGUGGAGCGUGCGGGACGAAGGACGCUCCACCUGGUCGGCCUGGGAGGCAUGGCCGUCUGUGCAGUCUUCAUGACCGUUGCUCAGGUGUUGAAGGACAUUGUAACCUGGAUGAGCUACAUCAGCAUUGUUGCCACUCUUGCCUUUGUGGCUCUCUUUGAAAUUGGCCCUGGACCAAUCCCCUGGUUCAUCGUGUCCGAACUCUUCAGCCAGGGUCCUCGCCCAGCUGCUGUGGCUGUGGCUGGUUGCUCCAACUGGACAUCCAAUUUCCUGGUGGCCAUGCUCUUCCCCUAUGCAGCGCAAGUUUGUGGUCCCUAUGUCUUCAUCAUCUUCAUUGUCUUCCUUGUGAUUUUCUUCAUCUUCACCUUCUUUAAAGUCCCCGAGACAAAAGGCCGGACUUUUGAAGAAAUCUCUAGUGGCUUUGAGAGGCAAGCAGCAGGUGGCGUUGUCACGGCAACUGUGGAAAAAGGCCCAGUGGUGGAAAUGACAAGCAUUCAACCCAUGAAAGAUGUCGCUGUAGACAUGUAACAUGAUCGGUCCCUGGUGCAAGUGGAGCCAUAUAUCAGGAGAGGUUAGGUCACCUUCCUUGUCUCUGCUACGACUGUUACAAAACACUGAAGUGAGUCUGUUGCAGGAGCCCCGUUUCCAACCCUGGAAGUCAGGAUGGCAAAGCUAGCCCAUUCCCCUUUCCCUGCUACGCACCUGUGGAGAUCUGAGAAGAAUUGCUUAGGGUUUUUUGAAAGUUCCAUUUACUUUGAAUUGUUACAUGGGGUGAACCUAUUUAUUGCCUGUAUUGGUCAUUUAUGGCUUUGGAGCAAGUAUCUUUUCCUUAAGUGGCUCAAGGCAAUCAAACAGCUCCUCCGACUCCUCUCUUGCUAGAGUGUUUUCUACUGUUUGUGCGUGUGAGGAUAUUGUGUCCAAGACACUGGUAUUUAAUUUUUAUAAGCCAUUGCUGUUUUUUUCUUUAUCCUCAGGAAAUAGGGACCAAUGUGCAAGAGAUAUUUUUAUCGUGUUUUGAGACUGGCUGUAAAUUUUUUAUUUUAGUGAGUUGGUUUAUUCCUUUGUCGGCUUAUAAAUAUUAUUUUUUUAAUGUAAAAUAAUGUCCUGUGUAAAUAUGAAAAAAAGUUAAGUUGCAUAGCUAUUUUACAAGAUGAUGCUGUGAACUGAGAUGUGCCAGGCCUGUAAAAGCAGGCAACGAACACCAAAGAGAAAAGAAACGGGUCAAUUUACAAAGGGGUACCAGACCUCAGAUGGAUGACAGGUCACCUGCAAGGAGUGUUGACCUCUGCGGAGGAUCUGGGGCUAUUGAGUUGUGCAGAAUGCGGCCACGGUGCUCUGGUCCUGCACAGUGCUGGCACUCAGAAUUACUGGGAAAUUGUGACAGUGCAUCAGUGUGGCUUGUGUUGACUUGUGUUGACUUGAUUCCUCUUUACAGACAAAGAGGAGACCAUUUAGAGUGUUUAGAAGAGAGUUCUUUUACCAUUGCUGCUAUUGUGUGAAAACAUAAAUGGGAAAGGGAACAUGCAUGUCAGCCUCCGCAGUGAAGUAGUUAUAGGUGUCUAAUUAAAGACCUUGCAAAUAGCCAACAACCCAUAGUGUGUGUGGGGGGAGGGGUUGUUUCCCCAGGGGUGCGUCCUCUUUUCCAGAGGGCUUUUGCUUGGGCUAUGUAUGAAGAUAAACCCCAUUCACGUCUUCAUUACUUUAUCCCUCUCCUUUAAACAGGUACAUUAAUUAAUAUUUUAAAACUUAAAAAAAUUCAAAGCAGCCUGCAAAUUUGUGGUCACUAUAAAUGAGGACUCCUCUGGCCUCAUGUUGACAGAUGUGCAGGCCCUGGAGGCCAGACUCCCGGUGAGAGGAGAAGUCUCCCUGAAGCCUCCAGGUCACCUGAGCUCUGUUGAGUUCUGCUCAGUUUCCUCUUGUUAAAGAAACACAAUCUCAACAUAGAAAGAGACAAGAUAUUUUUAAAAGAGAAACAAACCUAGUUUUUGAACCUGUAUUUUUACAAUUGAUUAUUUUUGUUAUGAAAUUGUAUGUGCACCUUCAUAGUAAGAUAAAUAAUCAGCUAGGAUUCCCAAACAUUGGGGACCAAGGUAUGUUGGAACUGAGAUCAAAAGAAAAGUAAACAUCCUGUAUUUAAAAUAGCCUACAGAGAUCUCAGAAUAAUAGACAACUGGUGUUGGUUAACCGACAAGACAAUAGUUCUAGAUAUGGGUUUCUGCUUAAUUCACAGAGUAAAAUUUCCUGUAAGGAUUUGUGGCUGGGCUGCAGAGAUAUGUGAAAUAUUGAAUAAUCAGCCCCACUGGGGAGAAAAGUAAGGUCUAAAUGAAGUCCCCGCAGCAGGCGAUGGAGAGGGAGCCAAGGCGCCCCACAGGCUGGGGAAGGAAUAAGUCCCUUUUUGUCACUAAUCAGCCUUUGCUCAGUGCACACCCAGUGAAGACUGUGUGCACCAAAGACAUAAAAGAAUGUUAACAGACAUUCAGAACAAUGACAAAGGCUUUCACGACAGUCCUGAGAUCCUCUGAAGAUGCCAGCCACAGAUGAAGGCGAAACAUCAGGAGAAAAUGCUACUAGAACAUGGCCAUACAGCCCGGAAACCACACAGCACCCCAGUCCUGAGAAACCUUUUCUCAGUCAAGAUGCCAACAUCUCACAGGUCAAAUAAAGCAUUUCUUUAUCCUUUUAAACUAAUUCAGGCAGCCUGAGGGAUCCUUUUCAUUUGCCUUUAUAGCAGGUUCUUUAUAUUUUAUGUGUCAAAAAACAUUUUGUCACGAUUUUGGGUGUUACACUGAAAAAUGCACCCAUUUGUUUAAUUUCUCUCGAAAGCUGGCAUGCCCAGUCACCGCAGGUGGAUGUGCCUUCAUUUUAGGGGUUCACAAUGUUCAUUUUUGAUCCUCUUAGACCCCGUAAUGCAGCCAUGCUGGAGCAAAUUCUUUUGCUCAGUCCCUCCAGACCUUUGAUAUGUCCCUCAUGGAUGGAUACAACCCCUUUCCUCUGACUUCCUAGGGCAAUGCUUUGCUUUAAAAUGUGUGCCAUUCAGUUGUUGCUGCUGUUUUCUGCAUUGUAGAGAUUUCAGUGGGUUUUAUUAUUGUGACUGUUAACAUGUUUUUAAAAUAAAAAGUCUGGAUAAAAAAAGUA